AUGGACUCGUGCUUCUCUCCCCUCAUGGACUCGUGCUUCUCUCCCCUCAUGGACUCGUGCUUCUCUCCCCUCAUGGACUCGUGCUUCUCUCCCCUCAUGGACUCGUGCUUCUCUCCCCUCAUGGACUCGUGCUUCUCUCCCCUCAUGGACUCGUGCUUCUCUCCCCUCAUGGACUCGUGCUUCUCUCCCCUCAUGGACUCUUUUCUUGACUCCGUGGUGGCUGCAUCCCCUCCUGCCAAGGCAGCACCAGGGAAGGAGCUAGGGGCAGGGCAGGGGCAUGUGGGUGCGGAGCUGCUGGCUGCUGUGAAGGCCGUGGAGAGCAUGCUACCUUUACCCUCCUGGGAUAACACCAUGUUUCUGGGAGAACAACAUGUUCCUGGGAGAACACCUAUGAACCCCCGUCUGGAUGAAUUCUUCGCCAUUGGCAUUUCUUUCACUUCCAUGCUCCACUGCCUCCCUGGCUCCCCUCUCCCUCUCUCCCCCUUCCAUCCUUCCCCUCUCCCUCUCUCCCCCUCCCAUCCUUCCCCUCUCCCUCUCUCCCCUCCCAUCCUUCCCCUCUCCCUCUCUCCCCCUCCCAUCCUUCCCCUCUCCCUCUCUCCCCCUCCCAUCCUUCCCCUCUCCCUCUCUCCCCCUCCCAUCCUUCCCCUCUCCCUCUCUCCCCCUUCCAUCCUUCCCCUCUCCCUCUCUCCCCCUCCCAUCCUUCCCCUCUCCCUCUCUCCCCCUCCCAUCCUUCCCCUCUCCCUCCCCAUCCUUCCCCUCUCCCUCUCUCCCCCUCCCAUCCUUCCCCUCUCCCUCUCUCCCCCUCCCAUCCUUCCCCUCUCACCCCCUCCCUCUCCCCCUCUCCCUCUGCGCAUGCCCAUCAGUCGCAAGGAGCGCGAGGAGAGGAGCAAGUCCAAGCGGGCAUCACAUAGCGUUGCGCUCACUGCCUCCCCACUUUCCCCCACUCUUCCUCACCGCGUCUCUCUCCCUCUUCGUCCCCCUCUCCACCCCCACUCCCCGCAUGCCCAUCAUCGCAAGGAGCGCAAGGAGAGGAGCAAGUCCAAGCGGGCAUCGCACAGCGUUGCGCUCACUGCCGCCCCGCCUGUCACCUCCUCGCCCCUGUAA